CAAUCUUAUCCGUUGAUGGUCCUCACUCCAUUCUCGAUCUUCACUCUCAACAACAUUUACAUCGUCUCUCUUUCGAAUUUAAUUUCACAACCCAAGUACAACCCUAUGCCAUUGGGACACGAGAACCAAACAACCCUUCUUCAUCGCUUGCCGGUACAAAUGGUUGAUCUCUACUGUACCUUCCUCGACACUCGUUCUGUCGCCAACUUUUCUCUCUUGGUUCGGUGUCAGUCACCCCAAAAACCCAAAUCUGCGUUCCCAAUUAUUCCAUCUCAUCCCCCAUUAAGAAGAAGAAGAAACGCCCUGCUCUCAAAACCCAUUUCAUCAACACCCUCUUCGUCGGACUUUGAUAUCAUCUCAACCACAGAGUGUUCGGAUGGUAGUUUUGUGUUUCGAUUCGGAGAUGCAAGCGAGGUUGCAACAAAUGUUGAAUUGGAAGAACCGAAAAUGGUUGAAGAAAGUCUGGUGAGUGACGAUAGAGAAGAGUUCAAAGUUGUGAAUGUUUUGGAUGGAGAGCAUGAGAGAAAAUUCAUUAUCAAAGAACAAUUGUUGGAAGAUACCCAACAAAUUGAACUACCUGUUUCUGAAGUCAUUGGUGGUACUUCGUGCUCUGAUUCUGUUCUUGGUUUUGAAAAAAGUGUACACACUGAGGAUGAGAUUAGUGUUUCUAUUAUUGAAAACAGUUCAAAUGUCAAAAAAAGCGAUGUCAUUGAGGAAGUAAUUGAAGAGAAGAUUGAGGAUGAAAGAUUGCCUGCCUCUUGCAAGCCCGACUCAGUUUUUGAAGAACCCAAUAGUUAUGGAUUGCCUGAAGGUUUGGAAAAACACAUAAAUGAUGAAGUUAGGCGUGUGUCUGUGAAUGCAAUGGAUCAGACUGUGGAGACUAGAAUGGAACAUUUGACUGAUGAAGAUAGUAAUGAGACAGAACUAAUUGAGGCAAUGCCUGUUACCAUCCCAUUAGAGGCUGAACCAAUUCUUGACGAGGUAGCAAGUUAUGAGACAUCUGAAGAAGCUAUUGAAGUUCAUUCAAUUGGAAGCUCCAUAAUGUUCAAUGACAGUUCCCCUAACUCAAUCUCAGAACCAGAAAGAACUGAGGGUGAUGCACAUAGCAAUGAUAUUUCAGAAGUAUCAGUGCAUGAAGCAGCAGAGUUAAAUAUUGCUGAAGCUGUUGUGGAUGGUGAGGAAGCUUUAACAGCAGGAUUUUUCCUAUCCUCCGGUGCUGCUGUAUUGUCGCAUCCCUCUAAGGCAUUGACAGGUGCAGAGGAUGCCUAUUUUGUUGCUCAUCCGAACUGGUUAGGUGUGGCUGAUGGAGUUAGUCAAUGGUCACUAGAAGGGACUACUCCAGGGAUUUAUGCCCAAGAACUCAUGGAGAUCUGUGAAAAGAUUGUCAUAGAUUGCAAUAGCGUUCCGAUAACCAACCCUGAGGAGGUUCUAAAUCGAAGUGCUGUGGGAGCACAGUCUCCUGGAUCAUCAACAGCUUUGGUUGCUUACUUUGAUGGUCAGGCUCUUAAUGUGGCCAAUAUCGGAGACUCGGGAUUUAUCAUAAUAAGAAAUGGUGCUGUUCAUAGAAGGUCUUCUCCAAUGCUUCAUGACUUCAACUUCCCUUUGCAUAUUGAAAGUGGCAAUGGUCCCUCCAAAUUUGUGGAGGGAUACAGAAUAGAUUUGGAUGAAGGCGACGUGAUAGUCACUGCCACUGAUGGCCUUUUUGACAAUUUAUAUGAGCAAGAAAUAACUUCCAUUGUCUCCAAAUCAUUGCAAGCUAGUUUAAAACCUGAGGAAAUAGCAGAAGUCUUAGCCAUGAGAGCGCAAGAGGUGGGGAAAUCUACAUCUGCCAGGAGUCCAUUUGCAGAUGCAGCCCAGGCGGCUGGAUACGUAGGAUAUACUGGUGGCAAGCUUGAUGAUGUGACUGUUAUUGUGUCUUUGGUCCAAAAUAGUCCUAGGUCUCAAGUGGAGUAAUUUCAGCUCAUCUUGUAUUCUUUGUUUCUCUUUGUAAAUACCAAGUGUCCCCAAUCUUUUAAGAUUGUUGACUGCAUUUCCGGUGCUCGUGCAUUCUUCUGAUGUUAGGUUUGGUAUAUAUUCUUUGAUGGUUUUAACAUGUAAAGCUAGUUUAUACCUAAUUCAUCUAUGCCAGUACUGGGCUGCAUCCAA